UUUCUCCUUCGAAUCCAAUUUACGCUAAAGUUUCUCCCUCUGUCUUUUUUUUUUUUCUCUCUGAAAUCUAUGAGUAUUGACCAUUGUAAAGACAGUUUCCACCGAUUUUCAUGUCUGUCACAUUGUCUUUUUAAGGAAACAACUAAACCAAAUACUCUCUCUUUUGUUGUUACAUUAAUUUCUCCUAAAGCAUUUUUCCUAUCUUUUCUUGUUCUAUAGUGUCUAUACUCUUUUUAUGCCAAAACCCACACCAUAAACACUUUCUUAUGCACUUUGCAUGCUUUGAAACAUUUCAAGAAUACCACUCAACAAAAGCACACAACAAUGGCAUCAAAAAAUGGGAAAUGGGGUUUGUGUUAUGUUUGAAUUUCAAUGGAGUUGUUGUGAUUUUGGUUAUUUGAAGCAAGUGGGUUUUGAUUCAAUUGAGUGAUGGGUCCUGUUAGAGGGCAUAAAAAGAAGAGGAAGGUAGAGAAGAAAGUUGAAAAGGAUUCUUUAGCUUCUGGGUCUUCAGAGAAUGGUUCUGCUGAUUGGUGGGAGAUGUUAUCUAAAAGAAUUGCCGGAAAUGUUUCUCCGUCAAAGGGUUUGGAUGAGUUUCAAUCUGUUUUCAAGAUGUCUAGAAGAACUUUCGACUACAUAUGUUCCCUUGCAGAGGUGCACAUGCAGGCAAAAUCAGCCCACUAUGUGUUUUCAAGUGGCAAGCCCAUGUCUUUGCAUGAGCAAGUAGCGUUAGCUAUGAGGAGGCUGAGCUCAGGUAAUUCUCUAAUUUCAGUGGGCGACUCGUUUGGUGCACACCACUCAACAGUGUCUCAAGUAACUUGGCGCUUUAUAGAGGCUAUUGAGGAAAAGGGGCUUCACCACAUACGGUGGCCUUCAACAGAGGAGGAUAUGACAGAGAUAAAGUCCAAGUUUGAAAGAAUUCAAGGACUUCCAAACUGUUGUGGUGCAAUUGAUGCUACACACAUCACAAUGAUGUUAUCUUCCUCCGAGCAGACAGCUGACGUAUGGCUCGAUCAAAAUAAGAACCACAGCAUGGUCCUGCAAGCAGUUGUUGACCCUGAUAUGAGGUUCCGUGAUGUUGUCACAGGAUUGCCAGGAAAGCUGAACGAGAAUUCAGUGCUUCAGAGCUCAACCUUAUUUAAACUCUGCGAGAAAGGAGAGAGGUUGAAUGGAAACAAGAUGAAGCUAUCUGAAGAAACAGAACUACGGGAAUAUAUAGUUGGUGAUUCUGGUUAUGCCUUGCUACCUUGGCUUUUAACUCCUUAUCAAGGCAAAGAACUUUCAGAAUCUAAAGCUGAGUUCAAUAAGAGGCAUUUAGCAACUCGUAUCGUGGCACAGAGGGCCUUAGCUAGGCUGAAAGAAGUCUGGAAAAUGAUUCAUGGAAUGAUGUGGAGACCUGACAAGCACAAGCUACCAAGGUUUAUCCUUGUAUGCUGCAUUCUUCACAACAUUGUUAUUGACAUGGACGAUGAUGUCUUGGAUGAGUUGCCUCUAUCAUCUCAUCACCAUGACCCGGGAUACGGGCAAGAGGUCUGUGAAUCUGUCGACAAGUCUGCUUCAGUUUUGAGGGACAAUCUGUCCCUCCACUUAACUGGAAGAUGACAUUCUUAAAUGAUGUGAAUGCUUCUUGGUGAGUGAAUAGCAUAAGCUAUCUAUUUGAUGGCAGAUAAAGAGUAUUUUCAAAGAUCUGUAGGCAUUUGAUUUUUAUGUUUUGUUUUAUAAGUUUGAUUAGAGUAGACUUUGAGAUAUAACUUGUAGGAAAUAAGACAUUAUGGGUGGAUAGUUUCCUUAUUUAAGCAUACAGUGUUUUGCUAUCCAAA